AUGCCACACAUCGGCAAAAUCGAGCAAUUUGAUGAUUCGGUCGAAUCAUGGGAAUCGUAUGAGGAGAGACUACAGGCAUUUUUCCUCGCUAAUGACAUUGGUAAUAACCACAAGGUACCUGCUUUGAUAAGCUUAAUUGGUCCAAAGACUUACACACUUCUGAAAAACUUAAUUGCUCCUGCUAAGGCUACAGAGAAAGGCAUUAAAGACCUUUUGAAAGCACUGCGUGAUCACUUGAGCCCCAAGCCAUCGGUCAUUGCCGAGCGGUUCCGAUUUCAUAAGCGCAAUCAACGCCCAGAUGAGUCGGUUUUGUCGUACAUGGCAGAGCUCCGUAAUUUGGCAACCCAUUGUCAGUUUGAGGCAGCUUUGAGUGACACAUUACGUGACAGACUUGUGGUUGGUUUACGACAAGAAACUAUACAGAAGAGGCUACUUUCAGAGAAAGACCUUGACCUGGAAAAAGCUAUCAACCUUGCGGUAGCUAUGGAAGCGGCAGCGAGAGAUGCAGCUGAAGUACAGGGGGUAAAAAGCGAAACAGUUAACAAGAUCAGCACACGUCCGAAACCUCCACAAUUUAACAAGAAACCUACAGUGAGAAACGCAAUUCCUCAACCUCAAGCACGAUCGACAACACAGAAACAUUCAUGCUAUCGUUGUGAUGGGGAUCAUCCAGCAUCGCAGUGUCGACACACGAACAGCGUCUGCUCUUUCUGUCGGAAGGUGGGACACAUUGAGCGAGCCUGUAUGAAGAAGAAACGUGACAGAAAUAAGGGACGCAACACUUCCCUAUUCUAUAACGAGGAGGAAUUUCACUGUGAAGAACGCUACACGGAGGGUACUGGAGAACCACUUCUACACAUCACAAGCACUUUUCACAUGAAAUCACAUCAUGAACCACCAAUAACUGUGCAACCAAUUAUUUAUGGAAAAGUUAUCAAGAUGGAGGUCGACACAGGAACAGCUGUUUCCGUGAUUUCUAAGAGUGACUACAGUGCGAACUUUGGCAAUGUAAACCUUGAACCAUCAAGUGAAUUACUGCAUGCAUAUUCGGGAGACACAAUUCAACCCCUGGGCAAAAUGAAGGUGAACGUUCAACUUAACUCGCAAUCUGCUAACCUGGAAUUGCUUGUUGUUCCACAUGAUGGACCAGCUUUACUAGGAAGAGACUGGCUUGGAAAGCUAAAGCUCAACUGGCAAGAGAUUAAGACUUUACGCUCAAGUGAUGCAACACACCCAUCAUCCUUGAAGGAUCUACUUGACUCGCACAAGGAGUUGUUCUCAUCAGGGGUCGGAACUCUUAAGCACAUUAAGGGGACAGUUACAGUUGAACCAGAAGCAAAACCUGUGUUUCUUAAGGCCAGAACUGUUCCUUAUUCACUGAGGACCAAGGUUGAACAAGAACUUGAUCAACUACAGGCAGAUGGAAUUAUAGAGCCUGUCGCACAUAGUAAAUGGGCUACCCCCAUAGUCCCAGCCAUUAAGAAGAAUGGAAACGUCAGACUGUGUGGUGAUUACAAAGUAACCGUGAAUCCGGUAAUGUGCGUCGACAAAUACCCUCUUCCCAAAAUUGAGGACAUCUUUGCAACCCUAGCUGAUGGAAAGAAUUUCUCAAAACUGGACUUAACACAAGCAUAUCAUCACAUGGAACUAGAUGAAGCUUCGCAGGAUCUACUCGUCAUAAACACUCAUAAGGGCCUGUUUAAAUACAAGCGACUUCCGUACGGAAUUGCGUCCGCUCCAGCUCUAUGGCAACGUGCAAUUGAGCAAGUACUACAGAAUAUACCAUCAACGCAAGUGAUCAUUGAUGACAUUAUUGUUACUGGUCGCAAUGAUGAGGAACACCUACACAACUUGAAACUCGUACUGGACCGUCUACAAUCCUAUGGGCUACAUGUAAACCUUCAGAAAUGUGAAUUUUUCCAAGCUAAGGUGAGCUACGUUGGACAUGAAAUCGAUGCUAGUGGCCUACACAAGUCACCUGACAAAAUUGAGGCUGUCAAAGAUGUCCAACGCCCAGAGAAUGUUUCACAACUUAGGUCAUUUCUAGGCGUAGUGAACUAUUACCACCGAUUCUUAGACAACCUUUCCAGUAAAGCAGGACCACUUCAUGAACUCCUUAACAAAGGAACUAAAUGGGAAUGGAAUUCCAAGCGAGAUAGGGCCUUCAAUGAAAUAAAGGACGCCAUUUGCUCCGACAAGGUUCUGUGCCACUAUGAUGCCAAGCUACCCUUGAAACUAGCUGCAGAUGCUUCGCCUUAUGGAAUUGGGUCUGUACUUUCCCAUGUGUUUCCAGAUGGCUCUGAACGACCCAUAGCAUUUGCGUCGCGCACACUGAACCAGGCAGAGAAGGCUUAUUCACAGAUUGACAAGGAGGCGCUUGCUCGCUACUGGGGUGUGAGAAAGUUCAAUUCGUACCUUUAUGGACAUAAAUUUACACUUGUCACAGACCACAAACCCUUGCUGAGCAUCUUCAAUCCGAAGAAGUCCCUUCCUGUGAUGACAGCAGCACGUCUCCAGCGCUACGCUGUAUUUUUAUCAGGAUACCAGUAUGACAUUGAAUUUCGUGGAACCAAGUCUCAUGGUAAAGCUGACGCAUUGUCGCGUGUACCACUACAGUACCCACAGGAAACACAGCGUGACCCAGUUCUGAGUCAAGUCCUAGACUACGUGGUACGAGGACAUUUUCCUCAUGACUGUGAUGAACAGUUAAAGCCCUACUACAAGCGCAGAGAUGAACUCAACGUUUACCAAGGAUGUGUUACCUGGGGAAAUCGUGUGAUCAUCCCAGACUUUUUACGUGAAAAAGUAAUGACAGAGCUUCAUUCUGGCCACAUUGGAAUUGUCAAAAUGAAAGCAGUAGCCAGAUCUUAUGUAUAG